AUGGCGGACGCAACGAUUGCUGCAACAUCAGCCAAUGAGAUCUCUCGCAAUGAUUCGGAAGCUACUACACAGCAAUCGAUCGAGGCCACGCACAACGAUGAUCUACCCCGGCGAGCGGAUCGUCUUACGCUGCCAAUCGUCCUGGUUCUUGUCGUUGGCGGCCUUGAAAGGGCAGCAUUCUACGCGGUUUCGACUCCAUGGCAGAACUACAUGCAGAAUCACGCUGAUUCUCGUUCUCCUCCCGGAGCUCUAGGCCUUGGACAGUCUACAGCUACGGCGGUCAGCAACGCGUACAUGGUCUUCUCCUCUUUGACACCUGUCCCGUUCGCGAUUGUUGCAGAUCUGUGGUUAGGCAGGUAUUACACUUUGCUGUUAAGUUUGAGCCUCAUCGCUGUCGGAUGCGCUGUGCAGCUAGUGAGUUCUAUCCCUGCUUUCGUCCAGAGCGUAGGAUUGCCUGGCCUCGGGGUGACCAUGAUCCUCAUAGGACUUGGGACAGGAGGUGUCAAGGCGACAUUUCCUCCCUUCCUGGCGGAGCAACACCAGAGUGAAGAACUGCGAUGCGCACAGCAAGCGAAUGGGAAAAAAGUGGUAAUUGACUCUCGUCUUACUUUGCAGCUUAUCUACAAUGUUUACUAUGCGGUCAUCAAUCUGGCUUGCCUUUCUGUCGUGCCAACAACCCUUCUUGAGAAGAAAAGGGGCUUCUGGGCGGCCUACACUCUCGCCACAGCAUGUAGCUUAGUGGCCGUUGUCUUCCUCAUUGGGGCUUCGUUCCGUUUGGUGAAAGUGACUCCUGGCGAGAACAUCUUGGUUCCUGCGGCCAGGGUUCUAUCUUGUGCCAUACGGAACGGCUUCAAUCUCGAGAAGGCAAAGAGCCCAUACCAGCUAGCCCGGCACAACAAGACUCCUUUGUACGACGAUUCAUUCGUUGACGAGGUCAAGGCGACAGUACACACGUGCCGAGUGCUACUUUCGUUUGCCAUCUUCUACCUCUGCGCCAACCAGAUGAACAACAAUCUUGUAUCUCAGGCCGGGCAGAUGCAGCUCUCUGGUGUCCCAAACGAUAUGAUUCCGGUCUUUGCGUCCAUAGCCUGUGUGCUGCUCGCCCCAGUCUUGCAAGUUCUAUGGAGUUUUCUCGCCCGUCACAAGAUCACUUUCAGCGCUAUCUCGCUGAUCGAGGUGUCAUUUGUCCUCUGCGCCGUCGCAAUUGCCCUGGCCGCCGUGACUCAGCAUCUAAUCUACACAUCUCCGCCAUGCUACGAUCGACCAAGAACAUGCGAGCCGGGCGGGAAGCCGAAUCGUAUUAGUGUCUGGGUGCAGAUACCUACCUACGUCGUCGCAGCACUGGCAGAGACCAUAGGAUUUGUCACAGCCAGUGAGUACGCGUAUCGGCACUCGCCAAAGAACGCAAGGAGCAUGAUUCAAGCAUUCUCGCAGCUAGCGGCCGCUCUGGGUAGCAUGCUUGGUCUGGCAACCAGUCCCGCAGCACAAGAUCCUUGGCUCGUCUUUUACUACGCAGCAUUGGCAGGAGGCAUGGUUCUGGCAGCUGUUAUCUUUUGGUGGUUCUUUCGUAAGGACAGGCAGGAACAGAGCCCGUAG